AUGAAAUCUGUCGACGGAAAGCCCUUGGACGGCAAACAGGCCACCUGCAGAGGAAAGGCGUCUGGGGAAGGAAAGAAAGCGCUCCUUAUCGGUAUUGCAUACGGAGACGGAAGCGAGGAUAGCUUGCAAGGGACCAGUAGUGACGUGCAAGAAGUCUUUAAUUUGUUUCGUGGCUCUGGCUUCCGUGGGGAGGACAUAGUUGUCAUGAAGGAGAGAGACGUCCUUUCAGAUCUCAUCCCCACCCGGAAAGAUAUCGACUCGCAUAUUCACGUACUCGUCGACGGGCUACGCCCCGGCGACAUGGCGACGCAGGCCAUGGAGAUCACGAUCCAGAAUUAUGUGAAGAAGAGGAAGACAUACAUGAAGAACGUAGUCAUCUAUGAACACGCCGUGGUGUCCCUCCGGAUAAUAGGUCUGGUCACCUACGACCGGGAGUGGCUUUCGGAUAGGGAUCCCCGCAGGGACCUGGUAGAUGCCCUCCCCGACGGGGCUACUCUCUUGGCUAUUUUCAACUGCUGCCACUCGGGAACAAAUCUGAACUUGGAACCCAAUUGCUGCAACGUCGUGUGGAACUGGAAAGAGGGUGGCGACAGGGCAGAAAUACGAAGAGGAGCCAUUUCGAUCUCUGCGAUCAAGGCCGAAGAGGAGGCUGACAACGUUCCUAUCGCAGGCGGCGACCUGUUCACCGACGUAGGCAUUCGUGAAGGCGCUGAGAAAGAACCCCAUCGGGACUUGAUCCGCAACAUCUGCACGCGUUAUCACGAACACAUCAGACUCAUGCGAGAAUAUGAGAAAUGCAGCCGGCCAGCGAGGAGCACCUCCUGGAAACCCCUCGACCCUGAUGGGCCCCCCAGGCCUGGCUUCUCUGAUCCUCAGCUGAGUAGUAACGAAACGCUCGCUUCUGCGCGGAAUGUCGUGAACCGCAUCGGCGGGGAGAAGGGGGCUAUGCAGGAAGCCAUGCUUUCUGUAAUAGCCACCCGUCGUUAUAAAGCGGACAGGCUGCCUUCAUGUGCUAUGGCGUCCCGGGAAGCAAGGAAGAAGGCCCUUCUUAUAGGCAUCAGAUACCAGGCCGAAACCGAAGUGUGUCUGAACCAAGCACACAGCGACGUGCAGAAAAUGGAACACUUACUCUGUCGUAACUACGGAUUCCGGAAAGAAGACGUGGUAGUCAUGAAGGAUGGUUCGAAGAGCCGGCAUCUUAUCCCCACUAGGGAGAAUAUCGUUACGCAGAUUCGGGAUCUCGUGAAUGGGAUCUUCGAGGGAGACCUGGUAGUUUUCUACUAUGCAGGCCAUGGCGAUCAAUCGUCUGAUGUAUGUGAAUACGAAGAAGACUUACACGCGGAAUACUUGGUGACGUGCGACGAGCAACAACUGACAGACGCGGACCUUCGCAAGUAUCUUGUAGACACGCUGCCCAACGGGGCCCAUCUUCUGAAGAAGCCCAACCCAACGUACCGAGAUUUGAUGAUCAGCAUUUGGAGGGAAUAUCACGGAUCUAUCAAACGUAUGCGAGAAUAUGAGAACUUGAUAGUUCGCCGACCAACCAGGAGGACCUCAUGGAAGCGUCUAGACCCUGACAAUCCUCCUCCGCCUGGCUACUCUGAUCCUCAGCUGAGUAGUAACAGAACGCUCGACAUGGGCAGUCGUCUGAACCUUGGGAAUUUCAUCCAAGAGCCAGGCUCUGAAAGUUUCAUGUUGACGUGA